GAAGUCGAUGGACGAUCCAUAUGGGUCGGCAACGUAGACUAUGGGGCUACAUUGAAGGGUAUGAAUAAACAUUUUGAACAAUGUGGUCUCAUCAAGAGUACAAAAAUUCUACGAGACAAAUAUAGCGGCAAACCUAAGGGCUUUGCAUACAUUGAAUUUUUGGACGUUGUGUCUAUUAAAUUGGCCCUAAAACUGAAUGAAUCACUGUUUUGCGGAAGACAAAUUAAAGUCACCGCGAAGAGAACCAACAUACAUGGUCUGUCAACUACAGACAGAAAACCGAGAGGGAGAGGUAUAAGGUCAAGAGGU